UUUCCGGUGGGCAAAGGGCAAGCAGAAUGUAAAUACGAGACAGGAGAGCGAUCAUUAGGUAGCACGGACUACCCGGUCCGUGGUGGAAGCCCCAGGAAGAGGAGGAAACGAGGCUGGUGGGUCUUGGGGUAACGGGGGGAAAGAGCUUCAGAAGUCGGAGUUGAGACCCACCGCGGGUGUGGCAGAACCGGGACGCUAAGAAUGGCUUCCUUCGGAUGGAAAAGGAAGAUUGGUGAGAAGGUCUCAAAGGUCACUUCCCAGCAGUUUGAAGCUGAAGCUGCUGAUGAGAAGGAUGCAGUUGAGAAUGAUGAAGGGAACUGGCUUCACGCUGUUAAACGGAGGAAAGAAAUUCUCCUUGAAAGCUGUGCUGAGAAAAGUAAACAGCUGAAGGACGAAGGAGCCAAUUUGGCUGAAAAUAAAAGAUAUCGAGAGGCAAUUCAGAAGUGGGAUGAAGCACUACAGUUAACCCCAAAUGAUGCUACCCUGUAUGAGAUGAAAUCACAGGUCCUAAUGUCUCUUCAUGAAAUGUUCCCAGCAGUUCAUGCUGCAGAAAUGGCUGUCCAGAGAAAUCCACAUUCGUGGGAGUCUUGGCAAACUUUGGGGCGUGCUCAGCUUGGAUUAGGAGAGAUAGUCUUGGCAAUUCGAAGUUUUCAAAUAGCCCUUCAUAUCUAUCCAAUGAACCCUGAAAUCUGGAAAGAAGACCUUUCUUGGGCAAGAACGCUCCAGGAGCAGCAGAAGGUAGCACAGAGGAUUAAAAAAAGUGAAGCACCAACAGAAGUAACACAUUUCUCACCAAAGUCAAUUCCUGAUUAUGACUUUGAAAGUGAUGAGAUUGUUGCUGUUUGUGCAGCUAUUGCUGAAAAACAGAAGACAGUUUCAGCAAAUAAAACAAUGGUUAUCGUGUCAGCUUCUGGGACUGUAGAGACUGUGACUGAGACGGAAGAUGGUGCUGCGCCGCCAGAUGGCUCUGUUUUUAUCAAAGCCCGAUGAAGCCCAGCAGGAGUCAUUGGAAUCUGUCUUUGAUUUUGCCACUUGAGGUUUUAGGCAUGGGGGCAUUUACUGUGGAGAAACAGGGCAAAACUCCUGUUUAUAAAUAGGUUUCUCAGAUGAGCCAUAGAAAAACUAAAUUGAGGAAUUAUUGUAUAGUGUUUGGACUAUACUUUGUUAAGUUAUGAUUUCCUCCUAAGAUUAAAAUUCUGAGUACAAUAUUUGGUUAAUAAGCUUAAAUAACUUAAUGCAAAUAUAUGAGUGAACGCUUUUCAAAGACACAACCUGAACAGUAAAUUCUCGAUAGUGCAUAACUUGACCACCAGUGUUAUUAAAAUGUUGACUUGUUGACUUUUGCUUUAUGAUAAAGGAGGUAGGUGAUUUCUUUCCCUGAUAGAAAUGUACUGUUACUACUCACUCUUCUGUUUUUCUUGCAUCAUUAGAGUAAGACUCUCACAAAGCUUGAGCCUUUUUGAUACUCAUUUUGAUUCAAAGUUGUUAUUUGGUUAUACAUAGAAUCUUUGAAAGUUUGGCUGAAAAUGCAUGCAAAUGCGUACAUGCUGAACAUUUUCUGAAUUUUCUCUGAAUUCCGAUUUGUGCUUUUGCUUAUGUUUUAACUUUAAAAUUAUAACAAUGGUUGAUGCCACUUUCAGUAUUUGUGAGAUGUAUAAAGUACUGAUAAAUAUCAGAAUGAUGGUUUUAUUUUUUUUUAAUUAUUACAGUAGAUAGCAAGUCACUUUUAAGAUGUACAUUUUUAAACAAGUAGCUCUUAUAUAUGCAUCAAAACAAAUUGCACUGCUAAUGUCCCAGUCAAAAGCAGUAUUUUCUUUUCCCUUUUUUUUUGUUUUUUUUUGUUUGUUUUUAGGGCUGCACCCAAGGCA